AUGGGAGAUAUUGAUAUUAAAGAAAAUGACAAGGCAUUGUUAUUAUAAAAUUAGAAUUUAUUGUAGAUUACAGUAAAUAAAACAUCAGCAACUAGGUCAUUAUAAAUUACUAAUUUUAAUGCAUAGAAAAAUUCAAUUAAAUAAAUGAUUGGAAUUUCUAUUUUUCAUAAUCUAAAGGUUUUAAAUUUAUCACAUAACUAAAUUUAAAAGAUUGAAGGUCUAGUUAAUUUAACAAAAUUAUGUGCUUUAAUUUUAAAUAAUAAUCAAAUUAAAAUAAUCUAAGGAUUAGAAAAAUGCUUAGAAUUAAAUACUUUAGUCUUGUCAAACAACUAAAUAAUUAUUGUUUAAGGGAUCUCACAUUUAAACAAAUUAGAAAAAUUAUAGCUUUCUCAUAAUUAGAUAGAAGUAAGUCAAAUUAUUAAUAUUAUAUAGGAUUUAGAAAACUGUAAAUGUAUGAAUAUCGAAUAAUUAAGUUUGAAUAAUAAUAAGAUUUAAGAAAUUCCUAAGUUUUUUUCUUAAUUGUCCAAAUUAAAGAGACUUGAUAUUGGAAAAAAUGAUAUCAAAGACCCUUAAUAAAUAAUUAUUUUAAAAGAUCUAAAACUUAUUCAUUUAAAUGUAGCUGGUAAUCCUUGUUCAGAGAAGGCUAUUUCAAUAGCAAUUAAAUUUCCACGAAUUAGAUUUAUAAAUAAUCUAGCAGCUGAGAAAGUUUUAGAAUUACAUAAAUCAAAAGUUCCUGAAAAAAUAAUAGAAAAAACUGAGAAGGCAAAGAAAAAAAUAUCUUAGCCAGUUGUUUUAUAUGAUCUAGAAUAAGAGCAAGAAGCUCCAAUUAUAAAGAAGCCUAAAAAAAGCUCAAUAUUAAAAGUAGAAAAGAAUAAGUAGAUUGAUAACAAGAAGAUCUAAAGAAUAAAGACAAUAAAUUUUGAUUAAGUUCCUAAAAUAGAAAAAUGGUGAUAUGAUAUUGUAAUUAUUAUUUAACAUAAAAUUUUCAACGAUUAGCAAG